UGUGUUUAAAAUAAAAGAUCGUUCAUGUAUGUUAUUUAUUAAAUCUGACUUGAAAGAAGUUAGUGGAGGUCCUCGCCAUUUAGCCUAUCCGUUGGUGAAGAGGAUGAAGGAGCCUAAUGCUUGCUAAAUUUGGUUUAUCCUCAGAGCAGGGUUAUAUUAUAAGGAGUUUGACUCAGUUCCAGGAUUUGCCUACUAGUUGAUGGAUCGCAUACUUUGUUACCUAAGCGUGUUUGCGGGUGUCCUAUUUAUGUUAAAAAAAAUAAAAUGGUUCUGAUAGUAUGCAUUGUUGUUGGCCCAUAAUAGGAUGAGAAGAAAAUUAUGGUUGAUUAUCCAUAAAGUGGGGGGUAGUUUUCUAUAAAUGGUUGUUUUCCUCUUUGGGGGAAUUAGUUAGUGAAUGUUGAAUAGCGAGCAGGAGAAUAACUAAGUAUGCAGAUGAAAAGUAAUUGCAGAAUUGAGAGAGGCAAAAUAAAAAAAGAAUAAAUGUGGCUGCCAGGUACAAAGACUGCUUCAAUAAUUAAGAAGGGGGGAGGAAAUGGAUUGGUGGCAGUUGCCAUAGAAAAGGAUAACAAAGGGAGCAGACACGCUCUGAAAUGGGCUGCUGAUACUCUUCUUUCGAGGGGCCAAACUCUUGUUUUAAUCCACGUCUUGCACACCACCUCCCCAUCUCACGAGGCCAUAAUAUGCAAUAUCAACACCAACUCCCCAGCUGCAUCCCCACAUGUCAAUAUUACAAAGGAUCUUUUCCGCACCUUCCAUUGCUAUUGUUCACGCAAAGAUAUACAAUGCCUUGAUGUCCUUCUUGAAGACAUGGAUGUGGUCAAAGGAAUAACAGAAUAUGUCUCUUAUGCUGCAAUUGAGAAUUUGGUGCUUGGUCAAGCCUCCAGGCAUGGCUUUAUUAGAUUCAAGUCAAGUACGCCAAGCAACAUAUUAAAGGGGGCGCCAGAUUUCUGUACUGUGUAUGUGAUUUCUAAGGGCAGAAUCUCUUCAGUUCGGAGUGCUGCUCGAACAGCCCCACAUGCCUCCCCAUUGCUGAGGCACAUACAGAUUCUACAUGACGAGAAUGCACGUGAGUCUGAGAUAUCGUCUAAAUAUAACAGGGCAUCAAUCAAACCUUCCAGCUGGCAGAGUGAAUCCAUGAAACAAUCACAACUUGGCAGAAGAAUAAACUUGAGUGGAAGGUCAUGCAUGGACUUCCCCGAAUCCGACUCUGACAUAUCAUUUGUAAGCUCUGAGAGGCCCAGCAGUGUGCGUUCAUCCUCUGUUUUCUAUGACUAUUUUGAUCUUCAUGCCCGAAAUCCACGAACUUCAACCAGUUCAGAUCAUAGCUUGGGAUCAACCCGUAUGAGACCCAAGUUCUCUGACCUCAGUUCAACCGACAUUUCAUUUUCAGAGGAUAGCCGCCGAUCAUCAGUUUCUUCUUCCUUGCUAAACGAUGAAGCCGAAGCUGACAUGAGGAGCUUGAAGUUGGAGUUAAAGCAUACAUUGGAAAUAUACACUACUGCAUGCAGAGAAACACUAGCAGCACAACAGAAGUUAGGGGAACUGCAAAACUGGAAAAUAGAGGAAGAAAAGAAAAUGGAGGAGAUGCAGUUGUCCCAGGAAGCAGCAGAGGCAAGUGUGGAGCAAGAGAAAGCAAGAAGUAAAGCAGCAAGGGAAACAGCUAAAGCAGCAAAGAGAAUAGCAAGGGUGGAAUCGAGUAAAAGAGAAAGUGUAGAAGUGAAAGCCCUUAAAGAAGCAGAGGAAAUGAGGAAACAAUUGGACAAUCUAACCCAAAACGACAAAAGAUAUAGGAGAUACACAAUAGAGGAGAUUGAAAGAGCCACAGACAUGUUCUCAGAAGCAAGGAAGAUAGGGGAAGGGGGGUAUGGACCUGUGUACAAGUGUUACCUAGAUCAUACACAAGUGGCGGUGAAGGUUCUGCGUCAAGAUUCAGCUCAAGGGGAGGCACAGUUUCAGCAAGAGGUGAACAUACUGGGGUGCAUAAGACAUCCAAACAUGGUGCUGCUAAUAGGAGCAUGUGCAGAGCACGGAAUACUGGUAUAUGAAUAUAUGGCGAAAGGAAGCUUGGAAGACUGUAUGUUUGGAAAGAAGAAGGAGAAGGAGGGAAAGAUGAGGAGUUGGAAGGUAAGGUUUGGAAUAGCAGCGGAGAUAGCAACGGGGUUGCUGUUCCUACAUCAGACGAAGCCAGAACCAUUGGUGCACAGGGAUCUGAAACCGGGGAACAUAUUGCUGGACCAGAAUUACGUGAGCAAGAUAAGUGACGUAGGAUUGGCGAAACUAGUACCGGCAGCAACGGCGGGGAACGGGACGCAAUGCUGCAUGACAGCAGCAGCGGGAACAUUCUGCUAUAUAGAUCCGGAGUAUCAGCAGACGGGAAUGCUAGGGGUGAAGUCAGACGUAUACUCUCUGGGGAUAAUUCUACUACAGUUGUUGACGGGAAGGCCUGCCAUGGGACUGGCACACCAGGUUGAGGAGUCGAUCAAGAAGGACAGGUUUGGUGAAAUGCUGGACCCCUCUGUCCCGGACUGGCCUCUGGAACAAGCCCUCUGCCUUGCAAACUUGGCUCUCCAAUGUGCACAGCUCAGGCGAAAGGACCGCCCAGACCUUGCCACACUCGUAUUGCCUCGCCUCCAAAUCUUGCGAGACUUUGCUUCCCUUCAUUCAUCCACCUCUUCCGAUCAAGGGCCCAAUGAUCACUAAUCUCUUUUAAUCCCGCCAAAUCAUUUCUGAGUGUUCCAGAUAUCAUUUUUUCCACUUGUAUAUAUAAACCAAAAGAGAUCAAAGGAUAAACAAUUUUAAUUUAAAUGAUAAGAUUGAAGUGAGAGAUACAUACAAAAUAUAAUAUAAUCUUGUAUAAAUUAUUGUAUUAUAUCAUAUCUUUUUUUUAAUUUUGUAAAUAAAAUCACUGUUAUUCUAUUAAGCUACAAAUUAUACUGA